AUGGUCUCGCCUGCCCCCGUGUCUCCCUACUAUCCGACUCCACAGUCUCCAGGCGCUCGCAGCGCUACACCGGGUGCAGUUAUGAAGGAGGGAAUGCCGGUCGACAUGGACGCACCGAUGCAGCAGGCAGGGGAAACGCUGUCCGGCCAGGCAAACGCGCGCGAGUAUGGCUCUGCGAAUGGCAAGCUACAUGCCGAGCCUGUCGGUUCGCUCCCUGACGCCGACAUGCAAGAGCUGGACGGUGUUAAGUCGGAGUCUGUCCCCGCGCUUCCGACACCCACAGCAGACGCUCCAGCACCUCCAUUCCCCUCUUCGAGCGCCGUGAAAGCCGAAGCGGAGCCUAUCGACGACUUGACCAUUUUCGCCGCCUCCGCCCCGAACGCCCCGCUCGCCAACCUCGACCGCAAGCCCUCGCUCUCAAGCAUGUUGACCGCCUCAGCCUCAGCUUCAACUCGCUCUCCAUCACCUCACAAGCGCGAAGGGUCGACUCCCUCGGCGAACGGCGACCGGAAACCGUCUCUCCCCCCGCCCUAUCCUUUUGCGAGCACCUCGGCUUCUGUCGACGAGAUUGAUCGGAAACAGGCUUUCUCGCCGGCUGCGUCUGGGUCGGGAGGGUCGACGCCUGCGCGCAGUGGGAGCGGGAGCGGGGAAGGCGAUGAGGAGGAGGAGGAGGUGGUCAAGCCGGGACGGGGACGGGGAAAGGGCAAGAAGAAGAAGGUUGAAGUCGAGCCGCAGCUGAUUGGGCACUUGCCGCUGGCGGAGGAAGAUGCGGCCAAGACGUAUACCGAGCUCGAGGGGUGCACGUACUACAGCAAGGCGCUCGGAGACGUGCCGUACUACGAUCCCGACGCUUCGCGCUGCGAUUGCAGCUGGAACACCUCGACUCGCGAACCGGAUGCGGACGAAGCGUGCGGAGAACACUCGAAUUGCGUCAACAGGAUGAUGCAAAUCGAGUGCUUGAUGGGCGACUGUCGGUGUGGGCGGCAUUGUCAGAACCAGCGGUUCCAGAAGAGGCAGUACGCGCCGAUCGAGAUUGUGCAGACGGAGAAGAAGGGGUUCGGAGUGCGGGCUGGAGCAGACAUCUCAGCAGACACGUUCGUCUACGAGUACGUCGGCGAGGUCAUCGGUCCCCAGCCUUUCCAGCGCAAGAUGAAAGAGUACGCGAACGAGGGCAUCAAGCACUUCUACUUUAUGGCUCUCGACCGCGACGUCUUCAUCGACGCGACGAAGAAAGGCGGAAAGGGUCGCUUCCUCAACCACUCUUGCAACCCCAAUUGCGUCGUCGCCAAAUGGACUGUCGGUCGUAAGAUGCGCAUGGGGAUCUUCACGAAGCGCGAUAUCAAGAUGCACGAGGAGCUGACGUUCAACUACAACGUUGAUCGCUAUGGACACGUCGCGCAAGAAUGCUACUGCGGCGAACCGAACUGCGUCGGCUACAUCGGUGGCAAGACGCAGACCGACCUCGGCGGAAUGGACGAUCUCUACAUCGACGCUCUCGGUAUCACGGAGGAAGUCGAGGCGCUCGGUCUCAAGGGGUCAAAGAAGAAGAAGGGCAAGAAGCUGGACGAGGACUUUACGCCCACACUGCAUCCUGUCCAGCUCGAGGAGGUCCCGAAGGUCUCGGCUGCGAUUCGUCAAGCGCUCCAGACGAGGCGGAUUCUCGAGAAGCUCCUACAACGUGUUGCGAUGACGACGGACGACGAGGUGCAGCGGAACUUGAUGCGCUUGCACGGUCUCAACUUGAUGAACAAUGUCUUGCGCGAGUACCCUUCCGACAUUCACGUCAUCACGCUCGACCUCGAGAUCCUCUCGCGCUGGAAGCUGCAAACUCGCAACAAGAUCGAGUCGUCCAAGAUCGAGGAGAACGUCCAGAAGUGUCUCGCAGUCGAGGACGACAAGGUCAAGACGCUUGCGGGCGACUUGCUCACGGCUUGGGGAGACUUGCAGCUCGGGUAUCGGAUCCCGAAGGCGAUGACUGACGGCAUCGAAGACCCCGAACGCAAGCGCUCGUCGACGUUCGACCUUGAGCAGAUCGCCAAGCGUGCGCGGAUCGAGCACGAGGCGAGCAAGGCGGAGGAUGAGCGGCCACGCUUCGUCAUGCCGACCGCCAACAAUAAUCUCAGCCUCGCUCGUCCGCCACCGUACAAGGGCAAGUUGCCCGAGGGAUGGGAACCGCAGUGGGAGCGCCAGCUCGACGCCUACGUCUUCCGCAACGUUCACACGGGCGAGAUGCAGCGCGAGAUCCCGUAUCAGCCUGCACGAUCUCACGCCGUCGCUCCGCGCUAUGCCGCACCGCUCGAUGCGAACGAGCUGAUUGCGCAGGCUGAGCGUGCGGCGCAGGAGGCGAAGGAGGCGGAGGAACGGCGAGUUGCGGAGGAGAAGGCUGCGCGGGAGGCGGCAGCGCGCGAGAAGGAGGAGCAGCGCAAGAGGGAGAAGGAGGAGAAGGUCAGGCAGCAGAAGGACAAGCGCGUCAUGGGCCUCUUCUCGAACGUCGUCGUCGCCACGAUGAGCAAGUACAAGGCGCAUUUCGACUCGGAGACGUUCAAGAAGCGUGCGCGCGAGGUCACCGAGAUCCUCAUCGAGAAGGAGAAGAAGCGCCCCUCGUAUGAGUCUGAAGCGUACGACUCGCUCGCGCCGGAGAAGGAGUCCAAGGUCAAGUCGUUUGUCAAGGACUGGGUCAAGAAGCUCCUCGAGCGCCGCAAGUCGAGCUCGGCGCGGCCGCCCUCGUCCUCCUCAAGCUCGCAAACGCCCAAACGACCUGAAGCCUCCGGCACGCCCAAACCCGCUUUGACGCCCGCCGACGUCGACAUGCCCUUCGCGCUACCGCAGACGAACGGUCACUCGAACGGGAACGGCGCGCAGAGCGGGACUUCUCCUGGCACUCCGCCUCUUCCUCGCAGCUGA